CCUCGUCACCGCGACUGUUCCUCCUGCUACUGCUUGCCAUCUACGCACUCAUAGCACUCAGCUUUCGAGAUGCUCGUCACACGCUCCCGGAACAGUCGGACAUCGUUGGCAACGCUCGCCAGCCUCGCCGCUGCUUUCGCGUUCGCCCUGCUCACGCCAUUGGCCUCUGCACUCUCCGCGACGGGUCAGAGAGUCCUCGUCAUCCUCCCAUCAAAGUCGCAGCAGUCUACCUACUCGUCCUUCUUGUCCGACCUCUCGAAUCGAGGCUUCCAGCUUACCUACAGGGAGGAGAAGGCAGGGGGUAGCGAUGUGGCAUUGACUGCCUUUGACGAGAGGCAGUACGACCACCUGGUCUUCUUCCCUUCAUCUGCCUCUUCCACCCCUUCCGCGGACCUCACCCCGCAAGCUCUCGUCUCCUUUGUCAGACAAGGGGGGAAUGUUCUGUUUGGCUAUGGCUCCGAUAGGCCAGAUUGGCUGCAAGACUUGGCGCGAGAGUUCUCCCUUGAGCUUGCUGGCAGUGGACAGAAGCUGGUGGACCACUUCCAGUACAGUACUGCCAAGGGGGACCACUCUUCUGUCCUCCUCGGCGGCGGUGAGGGAGGAAGUGGUGGCCUGGCUGCCAACAAUGUCAUUUUUUCGGCCGAGACAUUGCAAGCCUCCAGCUCUCAGCCCCUGCUGGUAGGAUCAGCCUCUCCGCAUCGCCUUGGACCCAACCCGCUCGCCUUUCCCCUCGUUGGCCCCUCGACUACGUCUUACACAGCUACCAAGGACGAGGGCGAGGUUGGCUUCCUGGGAACAGACGAGGAUGCGGCAAUUGCGAGCGCUUUCCAGAGCAAGGAGAACACGAGGGUGACUUUCAUCGGAUCUGCGGAGCUGUUCAGUGAUUCGUCACUGAGCGCCAAGGACCUGAAGAGUUCUUCCGGCAAGAGCUACUCGUCCACCCUCAACGCCGCCUUCUUACAAGACGUCACCUCAUGGACCUUCCAGGAGCAUGGUGUGCUCAAGGUGGAGAAGCGCAGCCAUUACCGUGCCAGGAAGGGGGCGACGGACAUCAGAGAAACUUACGAGGAGCCCGCAGAGGGCGGUUCGGCCAUCAUGUACAGGAUCAGUGAUACGGUGACGUACUCAUUGGACAUUUCACAGCACACUCCUCGAGGUUGGGAACCAGCACCGGCGGAUCUGGACUUGCAAGUGUCCCUGAGCAUGAUUGACCCCUUUAUCACUUCGUGGCUGGCGCCAGAGCUGCCCUCCUCCCCCGCCUCUAGCCCAUCUUCAUUUGAUCUCUCGCCGCCGGUGAGCAACUCGACUACACGCUACUCGACUUCCUUCCAGCUGCCAGACCGUCUGGGAGUGUACACCUUCUCGACUUUCUGGUCUCGCCCUGGAUGGAGCUUCAUCAAGACGAGGGACGUAGCUCCCAUUCGAGCCUUCAAUCACGAUGAAAACCCGCGCUUCCUGCCGGCAUCUUGGCCUUAUGCCUUGGGCAGCUUCUCGACGAUUGCGAGCUUCUUGCUCUUCGUCGCCCUUUGGAUUCUGGCGGGGGAGAAGAAUGGCGCGGGUGUGAAGAAGGAGAAGACGCUAUAGCUGGAGGUGGAGUGGUGCGACUUGUGAUGUGUACAUAGAGAUUGCAGUGACACGCAGACCUUGCUCAGGCCUGGGAGAGGCGGCGUAACAUGAGUGCGGACGAGUGGGCAAGAGUAGAAAUUGAAAUUCCGUAAAAGGAUCUCUUGUGUCGCCAAGUGUGGUUCCACCCUACCUCCUCUUGUCCACGAUCCCCCCCCGCAUGCUAUUUUGGUCGACUCGACCGAGGAUGCCGAGAUUGGAAGAGAAGACGGAGAAG